AUGGAAGCUUUCCAGGAAUAUGGCGCAUCUGGGGUUGCCAACCACACCCGCUCCCACAGCUCAGCGUUCUUCCUCUCUGGGAUCCCUGGACUAGAAGCCUCCCACCUCUGGAUCUCCAUCCCCUUCUGCUCUGUGUUCACCAUCUCUCUUCUGGGCAACAGCACCCUCCUGUAUGUCAUCAAGACAGACGUGACCCUCCAUAAGCCCAUGUUCUCCUUCCUCUCCAUGCUGGCCUCCAUCGACCUGGUCUUGUCCCUCACUACCAUGCCCAAAACGCUCAGCAUCUUCUGGUUCAGGGCCAGUGAGAUCAGCCUGAUGGCUUGCCUCACCCAGAUGUUUUUCCUCCACACCUUUGCCAUCAUGGAGUCUGCUGUGCUCUUGGCCAUGGCCUUUGACCGCUAUGUAGCCAUCUGCCACCCUCUGAGGUACAACGCCAUCCUAACCAGUUCAUUGGUGGCCAAGAUGGGGCUGGUGGCUUUGGGGCGUGCUGUUCUCCUGAUGCUCCCGUUGCCUUUCCUGCUCCGGAGGUUGCCCUAUUGCCAUUCCCAUGUCAUCUCCCACUGCUACUGUGAGCACAUGGCGGUGGUGAGGCUGGCCUGUGCCAACACACAGUUCAACAACAUCUAUGGGAUCAUUGUUGCGAUGGUGGUUGUGGUGCUAGACUUGAGCUUUAUUAGCCUUUCGUAUGCCAAGAUUCUAAGGAGUGUCCUCAGCCUGGCUACAACGGAGGAGCAGCUCAGAGCCUUGGGCACCUGCAUCUCUCACCUGAGCACCAUAUUAAUUUUCUACACCCCAGUGGUUCUCUCAUCCAUAAUUCACAGGUUUGGUCACCGGGUGGCUCCCUACAUACACAUCCUGUUGGCCAACUUCUACCUCCUCUUCCCACCCAUGAUGAACCCCAUCAUCUAUGGGGUGAAAACCAAGCAGAUUAGAGAGAGAGCCUUCCGCCUUUUCCACCGGUGGAAGGACUUCUGA